AUGUCGGGGAACUCUGCUGCCAGCUCUCCUUCCUCACCUGGUCUGGGAAUCACCGGAGGCUAUGAAGGCGAUAGCCUGGCCGUCAAGGUCAUCAUCGCCUUCUUCCUCUCACUUGCAAUGUACAAUGUUAUAGAACUCCAGAUACUGGUGUUUGGCACCUUCAACAAGUUCAAGGGUCUAUAUUUCUGGAGUCUGGUCAUUUCAGGACUCGGCAUUAUACCUUACUCCCUGGGCUUUCUGUUCAAAUAUUUCUCGAUAUUGAAAGGUGGAGGGAAAUGGUUUUCUAUCUUCCUCCUGUCAAUCGGCUGGUAUCCCAUGGUGACUGGUCAAGCCGUUGUCUUGUGGUCAAGACUGCAUCUCAUUGUCACCGGAGAAAAAGGUGACAAAAUUCUCAAAUGGACAAAAUGGAUGAUCAUUGUCAAUGCAAUCUGCUUGCAUGUACCAACAACCGUUCUGACCUUCGGCUCCAACGGCGAUACCGACACCCAGACCUUCGUGCGAGGGUAUAAUGUCAUGGAGAAGGUGCAGAUGUGUGGCUUCUUUCUUCAAGAGGUUAUUCUUUCGACCAUCUACAUCAUCGAGACAGUGCGAAUCCUCCAUACAUCAGUACAAGAGAAUACUCGACGACUGAUGUACCAGCUGAUGGCGAUCAACAUCCUCAUCAUUAUUAUGGACAUCGGCCUAUUGGGUCUUGAGUGUGCAUCCCUGUACAUCCUCGAGACGACGAUCAAACCCGUCUUUUACUCUGUCAAGCUUAAGCUUGAAUUCGCCAUCCUUGGAAGGCUUGUAAAGUUCGUUGGUGGCCCCCGACGUGGCAGUGACCGACGUCCUUCGAUCACGAUUCCAGGAAGCGCCGAAAAACGCAACUCGUCUGCAUUGAGUCGAGUAGACGAAAACGAUGUGUCUGAUUUUGUGGAUCUAACCAAGAUCAGGACUGAUGUCACGCGGGCUUCUCAUCCACGAAAUCGAAGCACUUCUCUUCAUCGCAAUGGAGAAGACUUCGAUAUUGAUCUCGAGAUUGCAAGACUUGAGCAUGUCGAUACUCUACCGUCACAAAUUCCAAUCCCGAAUGGACAUGCAAACGGACCCGGUUGA